GCCUCUUUAUGCUAAUUAAGCCCCCCUAUUGGUAGGCCAGCGGGGAAGGCGCGCUGUGAUUGGUCAGGUCGAAGCCAUUUAUUCUCUGACAGCUCCGUCACAUGAAUGCUGCUCUAUGAACUUGUUGGAAAACUCUGCGCGGUGUUUCACGGCUCGGGCGGACAGCAGGAGAAAAAGUGCGGCUUGUUGACGCUUUUUUUCGAGGAAGAGGAAGAAGUUUUGUGGACACACAACAUAGCGGGGACCUAUUGGAGGUGGGAGGAGAAGGCUCUCUGUCACACGCGCGCACACACACGGACACACACACACACAGGGACGCGCGCUGCCACAGAGGGAGAGCGCGUGGAGAGAAGCGGCUUGAUGCUCGUUUCCCAGAGAAAAGUUUCAGAGACAGUCGACAGGUAACUCCCAGCAGCUGCUCUCUGCUUCCUGGAGUUCGGUUCUGGUGUUCCUCCGGGUCCAAACUCAGAAAAAAAAAAAGCUGUUCGUGAUGUACAACAUGAUGGAGACUGAGCUGAAGCCCCCGGCUCCUCAGACCAACACGGGGGCCACGGGCAACACCAACGCGUCCGGCAACGGCGCCAGCCAGAAGAACAGCCCGGAGCGGGUCAAGAGGCCCAUGAACGCCUUCAUGGUCUGGUCCCGGGGCCAGAGGCGGAAGAUGGCGCAGGAGAACCCCAAGAUGCACAACUCUGAGAUCAGCAAGCGGCUCGGGGCCGAGUGGAAGCUGCUGUCGGAGAGCGAGAAGAGGCCGUUCAUCGACGAGGCCAAGCGGCUGCGGGCCCUGCACAUGAAGGAGCACCCGGAUUACAAAUACCGGCCCCGGCGGAAAACCAAGACCCUCAUGAAGAAGGACAAGUACACCCUKCCGGGGGGGCUGCUGGCGCCCGGGGGCAACGGGAUGGGCACCGGGGUCGGGGUCGGGGCCGGGCUGGGCGGCGGGGUGAACCAGAGGAUGGACAGCUACGCGGCGCACAUGAACGGCUGGACCAACGGCGGCUACGGGAUGAUGCAGGAGCAGCUGAGCUACCAGCACCCGGGCCUGAACGCGCACGGCGCGGGCCAGAUGCAGCCCAUGCACCGCUACGACAUGAGCGCGCUGCAGUACAACUCGAUGAGCGGCUCCCAGAGCUACAUGAACGGCUCGCCCACCUACUCCAUGUCCUACUCGCAGCAGGGCGCGCCGGCCAUGACCGCGCUGGGCUCCAUGGGGCCCGCGUCGGCCGUCAAGUCCGAGUCCAGCAGCUCCAGCCCGCCCGUCGUCACCUCGUCGUCGCACCGCGCCGCCCCGGGCUGCCAGAGCGGAGACCUGCGGGACAUGAUCAGCAUGUACCUGCCCGGGGCGGAGGUGGGCGACCAGAGCGGCCAGACCCGGCUACACAUGUCCGGCCACUACCAGAGCACCGUGCCCGGGACGACGAUCAACGGCACGCUGCCGCUGACGCACAUGUAGAGACUGAACAACACAAAACAAACUUUUAUAAAACAAAAAAACACACAACUGUUGGACUAUUUUUGUACAGAAAAAUUUCGGGGUGGGGAAAAAGUUGUAUAGAAGUCUCCAGGGAAAAAAAAGGGACACCACUCUUUUUUAAAAAAAAUAUUUUCUUUUUGUUUUCUUUCAUUUAAUCUAAGGAAGCUGAUGGGGGAUCCUCCUCCUCCUCCUCCUCCUACUCCUCCUCCUCCUUCUUCUUCUUGGUGGAUGAAGUUUUGCAAAUGUAGAAAGUGGGAGUCGCAAUCAGAUGAGUUUAUUAUUGCAAUCACCUUUUGUACAGUAUUUAUCAAGGAAACAUUACAAUCAGAUGAAAUUGUUAAACUGCAAAAGUUUUUCCCCCUUUUCUUAUUUUAAAAUAUAAAACAAAACCAGUUCUCUAGAGAGAAAAAAACGAGUGAAAUUUAGCAGAACUGGGAUUUUAUGGAGCGACCAGUUCUGCUCUUUUAUUACUGGGAUGAAAAGGGACAUAAGCAGCAGGUAAUACUUUUAUUUUGUUUUCAUUUAAAGUCAAUGUUACUAAACUUUUUAUUUUAUUCCUUACAAAAAAACAACRCAAAACACUUUUAUUUGCUGUCAUUUAAAAAAAAUUAGGUUAAUUUAUAUUUCCGUCUCCCACUCUUCAUCUGUUAGAAGCUUGUGUUUUUUUUAAUUUUUAAUUGAUUUGUACAAUUUCUGUAUAUUUACUGUGGCAUUUUAAGUUUUUUUAUUUUUUACUUUCAUCUUCAGAAACUCAUUCCCGUAGUUGUGUUUUGAAAAAAUCCUGGCCUGUCACACACAAGCCAACCACUCCAUGUAUAUAAACCGAGACUAAUACCAUCCUUAUAACAGUUACAGUUUCAGCUGAAUAUAUUUUUUUUCAAUAUGCAGUUUGAAAAAUGAAUAAAUUUUUUUGGAAAUUUGGA